AUGGUCAAUUCAACGCCUAGUCGAUCGGUUUCAAAUGUAUCACAGAACGACACUCCUGAAACUUCAACUGGAAGUUCAUAUGAUGAUGCAUAUAAAUUUGUUAUAAAUUUUCGAAUUUCUAAUUUUACUUCAUUAGAUGAUACUGUUAAGAGUGUUCCUUAUUAUAUUGAUCACACUUAUUGGAGAGUGAUGGCUAUGCGUCGACAUAGUGAUAGUAAGAACAAGGAUAGUAAAAAAGAAAAUUUACGGCCUUCAGACUUUACUCUUGGGAUAUUUGUACAUUGCACUACAGAUUCAUACUCUGAUGAAUGGUCAGUAGAGGCACAAGCUUGCUUAAGAAUAUUGAAUCUUGCUAAUACUGGAAGUCCUAUAACUAGAGAAUUAAUGAGUCAUCAGUAUAAUGUAUCAGAAACUGAUUGGGGUUACUCAACUUUUGCUAAAUGGGUAGAGAUUGUUGAUGAGAGUAAUGGUUAUCUUGUUGAUGGAGCAAUACAAAUCCAGGUAGAAAUAACUGCUAAAAAAGCUUUGAACUUGAUGGAUUAUCAAACAUUUUGGCGGAAAGGUACUGAUCUUUUAAGAAUUGCUGAUUUACAACUAGAACGUGGUAAUGUUGAUAAAGCAAUUGAAGCUAAUGGAAGAUCAUCAGUUCUUUGUGGUAAUAGAUGCAGUAAAUUAAAAACAAAAAUUGAAGAACAGAAGAAAAGAUUAUCUCAGGUUGCAAUAAGUGAAAAUAUAAAACGAAUUGAAAGUAUGUCAAAUUCAACUUCUCAGGAUCCUAAAAGUACUUCAACAUCGGCACUUAAGCAAGCCAUAUCAACUAGCUCAAUAAAGAAAGCUGUUGGUAGAUUAAAGCAAAUAAGUAAUCAGAUUCCUAGUGCAAGAAAUGGUGACACACGAAAUUCAAGGCGCUCUUCUCUUCAAACAAAAAGUAAUAAUUCAAAAGACAAUGAUGAGGAAGAUACUGCAUGUACAUCCCCAAGCUGUCUUUGUUCAUUAUCACCUCAUUCAAAUAAUUCUUCUACAUUUGUAAAUGAAUCAUGUGGUUAUAAUGAUAACCUUGAGGAUAAUACUGUUCGUUCUGCUCAAGAAGCUCUUCAUCCUGAGUCGUCAUCAGGACCUCAAUCUCGCAAAUCAUCUCUUUCCGUAUAUGGAUAUCCGAGUAGUGAUUGUUGUAAGGGAGACACUAAUGUUAGUAAUUAUAAUAGUCAAAGAUUGGAGGUUGUUAAACAAGAAGCUAGAAUAGAAUAUGAAGUUUACCAAGAUUUUACAACUAAAACAGUUCUUCGUAAUAAUAUCAAUGAUUAUAAUACUGAAAAUCAAAGUAAUUCAUCAUGGAUGAAUAUAAGUUCACUACCACAAUUUACUUGGGGAAAUAAAGGAAUUGACAAUCAAACAUUACUUUCAUUUCGUACAAAUAAAUUAGACAAACCUCAUCCUAUGAACUUUUUAACACCAGUUAAUUUUCAGAUGAAUAAUUGUUCACGUAUACAAAUUGAAGAAAAAGAUAUGGCACCUACAACAUCAAAAUACAUGGAAAAUGUCAUUUACAAUAAUGAUCAUAAUUAUGAAUGGUGGCCUGAUGUACCAGAAGGACAGACAUUUGAAGCUUAUCAUAAAAUUCCAAGAUCACUUUGUAUUGAUGAAAGAGUUAAAGAGAGAGAAGAUAUGGCUAAGUUAAGUGAGUUUCUUAAAAAAAAUAUGAUUGGUAUGUGGAAAUCAAGACAUCCAGAUCUUAAUCAGAAAGGAAAAAAUUUCUUUAAAUUACUAGCUGAUUUAGAUACAAAAAUGAGUAAAUUUCGAUGUGAACCAUCUGAGGAUGAUAUUAAAAAUACCAUUGAAAAUAAGCAAGGUUUUGAAGAAACUAUUAAUCAUGCUUUUAUUGAAGCUUGCCAUUUACUUAAUGCCAAUACUAAUGAUACUGUUAAAAGAAAAUUUUUUACUAAAGAAAAAGAUAAUUAUGUUGGUGAAGAAUGUUUUGAUGAUAAAUACCUCAAUUCAGAAUCUAGUUUUAUGUUAGUACCAGCAAGAAUAUGUGAUAUACUAGCACAUUUAUAUAGUAGAUGGAAAUGGAUUGAAGUUGUAUAUAUAAAAAAAUGUAGUCUUGCUAAUGAUGUAAAUGAAGAACUUCAUAAAGAUUUAAAAGAUACUGUUGCUGAAAAGAAAAAAUUAGCUGAAGAAAUAGCUGCUUUAAGUAGUGAAAAUGCUUCUGUAAAAGAAAUGAUAAAAAGUUUAAAAACUGAAUGUAAGAUACUUACAGAAAAAUGUAAAGUAAAUGAGACAGCAAUAGAAAGUAAUAGAAAUACAACAGCACUUUAUAAAAAUGUGUUGAAAGAAUAUAAUGGUUAUAAAAAGACUUCUGAAGAGGAAGUUGCUAAGUUAAAACGUGAAAUACAAAGUGUUAAUGAUCUUAAGAAAAAAUUUCAAACUGACUAUAAUAGUCUUCAAGAGAGUUAUAAAAAUUUACAAAAAUUAACUGAAGAAAGGUAUAGUUUAGUAAAAAAACUUGAGAAACAAUUAAGUGAUCAAAAAAAAUCAAAUGAAAAAGAGGUAAAUACACUUUUAGAAAGAUGUAAAAGAGUUGAAAUAAGUCUUCUUGAAAAAAUUGCUGAUAAUGGUAUAAUAUUUUAUGAUAAAGCUAAGGAACAAGCUGAUAUUGAGUUAAAUAUUUGGAAAGAAAAACAAAAACAAAAGGAGUAUGCAAAUGAAGAAGUUGUUAAAAAUAAUAUUAAAUUAUUUGAAGAAUAUAUUAGUAAUAUUGAAAAGCAAAUAUCAACAAUAGAAAGUGACUUUGAAAGUCGUUCAGUUCAAAUAUCUAGUGGUAAGAAUAUAUCGCAAAUUGGUAAACUUAAAAUUUCUAAACCUCCUCCUAUACCAAAAGCUGAACCAUUGCCACCUCCGAAGAAAAAGGUAACGCCUCCAAAAAUUUCAACAACUGCAACGUUACAUAGGCCAAUUAGUAAUCCAGUUUCAAAUUAUGGUACACCAACUAGAGGUUUAUCUUCAACAAAUCCUACCUUUACUAAUAAUAUUACAGAGAAAUCUGCAUUCCGUGUUCCAGUAACAACAUAUUCAAAAGAUGUUCCAUCAUCUUCAAAUAAUUUGGUUUACUCUUUUAAUCCAAUUACUAACACAUCAUAUGAAAAUAAACCUUCAAGAUCAGAAACCUCAAGUAUAACUCCUAUUGGUGUAAAACCGAAUAAUUUCAAAAAUGUUAAUGAAAAUUCAAGUUUAACUCCAAAACAUACUACUACUGCUACUACAGUUAAAGAUGACAUUAAUGUAAAUGAAUAUAAUAAUGAUAAACCUGACAAUAUAUGGGGUAUUUGGAAUCCUUUGUCAUCAACACAUGAAAUAACUUCAAUAUUUCAUGAAACACCAAAAAAAGAUAAAGAUAAUACUUCUUAUGGUUUUACAAAAGAUCCUUUUGAUUUUGGUUUAUCAAGGGAUACUCUCAGUAAUAUUUGGACUACAGAAGAAGAUACAGAGGUAUCUGAUUUGCUAAAAAUUAAUACAAAUUAUGGUACUCCUUCAAAAGAAAUAGUAAAAGGUAGUCAAAAUAUUACAUAUAAUUCAAUGUAUGAUGGAGUACAAGGUGAAUCAAGUAUAUCAAAUAAUUAUUCACCAUAUUCAAAUACAUCAUCUACUAAUAAUUAUCGUCGUUUGCCUUAUGGAGGUCCAUCAACUCAGAAUGAUAAUAUUAAUACACAAGAUUGGUAUAAUAGUGGAAUGACAUGGAAUACCAAUACAAAUCGUAAUAUUUCAUCUUUUCAAUCUAAAAGUGCAACACCACAACAAGGUUCUGCAACUAAUCUUAGAUACUUACCAAAAUCUGAAAGUGUUAGUAAAGUUCAGCAAGGGCAAACAUCUUCACAGCAACAACAACCAACUUCACAACAACAAUCAUCAUUCAGUACAUAUAAUUCACAACCCGAUAGUGGAGGAGGAGUAGUAAUAAAUCAUAGUGGAAUAGGAAAAAAUAGUUAUAAUCAAGGAUCCCAAUCAUCAAGUAAUAUAUGGGAUUGGCAGGUUACAAAUUAUACUAAUACUUCUAAUGGUUCUUACCAAAUUCAACGUAGAAAUUAUUGA